AUGGCUGCUGAUUCAAUAAGGUCUUCUUCUAACGUUUCGUCAUCAUCGAAUUCAAGUCACUCAGAUCAACCAAUUUUAAUAGAUAAGGAAAAUGACGAAAUUAUAAAAGUAGAAUCAAUUACAUCUUCUGAAUCUAAUGAAUUAUUGAAAAAUCCAUUUUUAGAUCCUCAUGUUGAAGAAUAUUAUCGUACAUUAUAUAAUGCAUCUGAAUAUGAAUGCCGAACAGCAUUUGAUCCCAAAUUUACAUGGACAGAAGAUGAAGAAAAGAAAGUAAUUAGAAAGUUAAAUUUUAGAGUUGCUUUAACUGCUUGUAUUAUGUUUGUUGCAUUACAAGUUGAUAGAGGAAAUUUAGCUCAAGCAGUUACUGAUAAUAUGUUGGAAGAUUUAAAUAUGACCACAAAUGAUUACAAUACAGGUAAUACUAUAUUUUAUGUUACCUUUUUAUUAGCUGAAGUUCCAUCACAAUUAAUUUCAAAAGCUUUAGGUCCUGAUAUUUUUAUACCCAUUCAAAUUUGUGCUUGGAGUGUAGUUGCAAUAUCUCAAUGUGCAAUCAAAAACAAAGCUGGUUUUUAUAUCACAAGAGCAUUUAUAGGUGCAUUAGAAGGUGGUUUUAUUGCUGAUUUGGUUUUAUGGUUAAGUUAUUUUUUCACUUCUGCUGAAUUACCUGUUAGAUUAUCUUGGUUUUGGACUACGUUAAGUUUGGUUCAAAUAGCUACUGCUUUAUUAGCUUUUGGUAUAUUAAGAAUGAGAGGAAUAUUAGGAUGGGCAGGUUGGAAUUGGUUAUUUCUUAUUGAAGGUUUAUUUACAUUACUAGUUGGAUUAGCUUCAUUUUAUUUAAUGGUUCCAUCGGCAGUUCAAACUAGAAAUUGGAUGCAUCGAAAAGGUUGGUUUACUGAAAGAGAAGAGAAGAUAGUUGUGAAUAGAGUCUUACGAGAUGAUCCAUCGAAAGGAACAAUGCAUAAUAGACAAGCUUUAAGUCCAAGAAUGUUAUGGAAAUGUUUAACUGAUUAUGAUUUAUGGCCAAUAUAUGCAAUUGGUGUUGUUGCUUAUAUUGGUACAAGUACAUUGACUUCAUAUUUUGGUUUAAUGAAUAAACAAUUGGGUUUUUCAACAUUUGAUACAAAUUUAUUAACUAUUCCUCAAGCUGUUAUACAUAUUAUUUUAUUAUUAAUAAUUACUUGGUUGUCAGAAAGAAUAAAUCAAAGGGCUUUAGUUUGUUUAUUAGCUCCAUUAUAUGCAACUCCAAUUAUGGGAGUAAUUAGAUGGUGGUCAGGUUCUGGUCAUAAUAUUUGGGGUACUUGGACUUUAAAUACAUUAUAUUUAGGUCAACCAUAUAUUCAUGCAAUUGUUGUCAGUUGGGUAUCAAGAAAUUCUAAUUCAGUUAGAACAAGAUCAGUAGCGUCUGCAUUGUAUAAUAUGUUUGUUCAAUUAGGAAGUAUUAUUGCUAAUAAUAUUUAUAGAACAGAUGAUAAACCUUUAUAUAAAAGAGGUAAUAUGCAAUUAUUUUUUAUAUCGUUUGCUUUAAUUCCAAUAUUGAUAUUGGUGAAACUAUAUUAUGUUUGGAAAAAUAAAUCAAGAGAUAAAAUAUGGAAUGCAAUGACAGAAGAGCAAAGAAUUGAUUAUAGAGCUAAUACCACAGAUGAAGGUAAUAAAAGAUUAGAUUUUAGAUUUGAUCAUUAG